AUGAUCCGACCGACUAUUUCAUCCGUCGUUCCGCUGCUUAUGCUGGCCAAGCUUGCAGCAGGCAUUGGCUGCAACACGCACAGUUUCACCACUUGCGACGAUGGCAUCGUCCACUGGUACGACCCUGAAGACGGUCAGAUUUGCGACCCCCUCGACUGCGGUGGCGGUCGAGCUCCUCCCAAGAAGAACCCUGGUUGCGAUGGAUACACUGGAACCGAAGUUCGCACCGUCUCUUAUCUCUCGUGCUGGAAGGACUUUGCCACCGUUGCAGAAGGUUUCACUUCUGCGGCGGAACCCACCACCGAGGCAGAAGUAGAGACUGAAACCGAUACUCAGCCUGCUGAGACGGAGCCUAGUGAGUCGAGCCCUUCUACCACAACAGCAGUUGACUCUUCGACUGCAACAUCCGCUGCUGCGACUACCUCCCCCGCCACCCUGUCGACACGAACGCAAACCUCUGCUUCAUCUGCUGAAAGCGAAGAAUCUACGGCAGGAAACGCAGCUUCUACUGCCGAGAACGAGGCAACUACGCCAACAACCGCCCCCAAUGCUGGCCAGGUUCUGCGAGGCUCGGUGAUUACUGUUUUUGGGUUUGCAAUCGGGGCCAUCGUCUUUCUUUGA